CCGGCGGGAAGAUGGCGGCGGCCCCGGCGGCGGCGGCGGGCGCGGCGCUGGCUCCCCCGGCCCCGGUCGCGGCGCCGGGCCCCGAGGCCGGCCCGUCCCCCCCGCCGCCGCCCCACGAGAUCAAGAGCCAGUUCCGCACCCGCGAGGGCGCCUACCGCCUGCUGGGCGCGCCCGAGCCCCGCGCCAGGCCCGGCCCGCCCGCGCCCCCCGCCGCCCCCGCCCCCGCCGCGCCGCUCCCGCCCCCCGGCGCCGCCGCCGCCGCCGCGGCCCCCGCCCUGCCGCCUGUCCGCCUCUCGCUCGUCCGCCUCAGCCCGCCCGCGCCAGACCCCGCCUGCCCCGAGGCAGAGCCCGGCGCCGGGCUGGCCGGCGAGCGCAGCCGCGUCUGCUUCAACCUCGGCAGGGAGCUCUACUUCUACUCGGGCGCCGGCGGAGCGCCUGGCCGGGGAAGGAGGUCCAUCGACCUGAAGAAACCCAUCGACAAGCGGAUCUAUAAGGGGACGCAACCCACCUGCCACGACUUCAACCAGUUCACUGCGGCUUCCGAAAGCAUCUCCCUGCUGGUCGGCUUCUCAGCCGGGCAGGUGCAGUACCUGGAUCUCAUCAAGAAGGAUACCAGCAAGCUCUUCAAUGAGGAGAGGCUGAUUGAUAAGACCAAGGUGACCUUCGUGAAAUGGAUUCCAGAGACAGAGUCUCUCUUCCUGGCCUCCCACGCCAGUGGCCACCUGUACCUGUACAACGUGGAGCACCCCUGCGGCUCAGCCUCCCCCCAGUACACGCUUCUCAAGCAAGGGGAGGGCUUCACGGUCUAUGCCUGCAAGAGCAAAAGCGCUCGCAACCCGUUGCUAAAGUGGGCGGUGGGCGAAGGAGCCUUGAACGAGUUCGCCUUCUCCCCCGAUGGUCGCUACCUAGCUUGCGUCAGCCAAGACGGCUGCCUGCGUGUCUUCCACUUUGAUUCCAUGCUCCUGCAGGGGAUGAUGAAGAGCUACUUCGGGGGCCUGCUGUGCGUCUGCUGGAGUCCCGAUGGGCGCUACAUUGUGACGGGGGGUGAGGACGACCUCGUGACCGUCUGGUCCUUUGCCGAGGGCCGGGUCAUCGCCAGAGGCCAUGGCCACAAGUCAUGGGUCAACGCAGUGGCUUUCGACCCCUUUACCACCAGCACAGAGGAGGACGAGGCCAGCGAGUUCAGCGGGAGCGACGAAGACAUCCAAGACUCUUUGAAUUUUGGCAGGGUGCGGACAAGCAGCACCCUGUCCCAUCUCUCCAAGCACAGCACCAAAAGUACCCCUUCCGUGACCUACCGCUUUGGGUCUGCUGGCCAGGACACACAGUUCUGCCUCUGGGACCUGACGGAAGAUGUCCUCUACCCUCACCAUCCGCUUUCCCGGGCCCGAACACUCACAAACACAUUUAGCGCCGGUAUCCCACCUUCAGGGAGCGGUGGGAGCAACCUGGCCGCCGAAUCAGGAGGGGGUGCCCUGCCUCGCUCGCUAUCCCGCUCCAACAGCCUGCCCCACCCUGCUGUCACCAGUGCCGCCAAGAGCCACGUGGCAGAUGGGGCGGUGCCCUUCAGCAUUGGCAAGUUUGCCACCCUCACUCUGCAAGAGCGGAAGGACAAGAACGCCGAGAGAGAGCACAAGCGCUAUCACAGCCUGGGAAACAUCAGCAAGAGCAACGACAAGCUCAAUGUGGUGCCCAAGAGCAAGCUGGACACCGCCAAGGUCCUGGGCACCGCCCUGUGCCCCCGGAUCAACGAAGUCCCCCUCCUGGAGCCCCUGAUCUGCAAAAAGAUCGCCCACGAGAGGCUGACGGUGUUGCUCUUCCUGGAGGACUGUAUCAUUACUGCUUGCCAGGAGGGGCUCAUCUGCACAUGGGCUAGGCCAGGGAAAGCGACCGUGAACUCCCAAAACGGCGGCUCGCCAAGUGGCACAGUGGUAUAACCAGGCGUUACCACUCAGCUGGCC